CGUGAGACGCGUACAUGUUUAGAGUUUGCGUGUCAUUUGUAUAAAACGAAACGUUCAACAGCUGUCGUAGGCAUUAGGUAUUUCAUAAGGUUAAAACCAAAACAUUAAAAUCAUUUUACUAAUAAGCUUGGAAAAUGUUUAGUUAACCAUUAAAAUACUAUUCAACGUUUUAAAGAUUCUAUAUUUUUUUUUUGUAACCUAUAUCAAGGUAUCAUUAUGGGCCUGUGUGGUUAGUUUUUGUUCUGUAACCAUUGUAUGGUGUCAUCGCUGUAUGGUGGGCAAUUAAUUAUUGUUUAGUUAAUAAACACUGAGUGGCAACAUCAAGUGAUAUUUGUAUAGGUAUCAGUGAAAAUACUCAUACAUUCAAAAAUGUCUAAAGUAUCCCUAAACAAUGUGCCAUCAAACCCUCGUAUUAAUCGCCUCAGAACAUUUUCCAGGACGGAAAGUGAGACAUCAUGUGAGGAAGCGGCGCGGCUGACCGCAGAGGGCGCGGGUGAGGCUGACGAUGACGAGGCGUUUGACUACGGCGCGCUACCACCGCCCCCUGACGGCGGCUACGGCUGGGUGGUCGUGUUCGCCUCUUUCAUGUGCAACCUGGUGGUUGACGGUAUCGCGUACACAUUCGGCAUAUUCCUACCCGAGCUCGUCACAUACUUCGGUGAGGGUAAAGGAACUGUUGCAUGGGUCGGCAGUUUGCUGUCAGGAGUCUAUUUAGCUGCAGGUCCAAUAGUAUCAGCACUAUGCAACAAGUACGGGUGCCGUGCGGUGUGCGUAGCCGGCUCUCUGAUCGCGACCGUCGCCUUCGCGCUCUCCACGCUCAGCAAGAGCGUCACUAUGAUGAUGAUCACGUAUGGAGUACUCGGAGGCAUCGGUUUCGGUAUGAUAUACCUGCCGUCCGUAGUGGCCGUGGGGUACUACUUCGAGACUCGCCGCUCGUUGGCCACCGGUAUCGCGGUGUGCGGGUCCGGCGUCGGCACGUUUAGCUUCGCGCCGCUCGCCAGCAUUCUGCUGCAGCAGUUCGGCUCCUGGCAGAACGCCAAUCUUCUUCUAGCCGGACUUAUACUGAACUGCGCGGUGUUUGGUGCUCUUAUGCGACCAUUGGUGUAUCCAAAAACAUCAGGCCAAAAGCCCUUACUACAACGAAUGGCCGAAGAGAAAAGACUACAAAUGGAACGUGGUUCUAUUGGAGGUUCAUACUUCGUGGUACAAUUACCUGAUGGUACUAUGGAGAAACGAUUGAAGGCACCGUUGAACAUCGAUCCUGGUGUGCAUUCGUCUUUGAACCUGGAGGCGCUGGCCCGCGUGCCUACCGUGCCCAACAUGCCGGGGGUGCCCACCGUGCCUACCUUGCCCACCAUCACCGAAGCCAGGGUCGUGGACGUCGAUAUCGCUGAAAAGAAAAAGAACGAGAACGGGUCAGCAGUGGGUGUGGGCGUGGGCGUGGGCGUGGGCGUGGGCGUGGGCGUGGGCCAGGCGAUGGCACGCAACGUGUCUUCUCCCGCAUUCAGUGCGCAAGCCCCGGGUCUGCCAAAGAACGGUUCGGUUCCGUUCUUCGACCGGCAACGCAAGCAGAGCACCGGCGACAGGUCAGAUAGCGAUAGAUUUAAACCGUCCCUUGCGGCUAUCAAAGCCACUUCGAAGACUUCGAUGACCAGCCAUAGAAUGAAUGAUGGUGACACGGAGAGUCAAGUGUACAACUCGAAGCUAUCUGUAGCAGCAGCUAAGGAACCUUCGAGAAUGGUACGUCCGAUGUCCCGUAAGGACAUCUUCUACUCUGGCUCCGUACUCAACCUGCCGCAGUACCAGAGUCAGAAGUCCCUACAGGGGUACAGGAACUCCGUCCUCAGCUUGCCUCAGAGUCGACAGACUGGAGACCUGGAGAGACAGGAACAAUACGAUCUAUGUCCUUGUCUGACAUUACCGGAGUCAUUCAAGUCCGCGCUUGCGUCGAUGUUGGACGUCAGUUUGCUGCGAGAUCCCGCCUUCAUGCUCAUCGGUGUCUCCAACGUGUUCGGAAUGGCUGGACUUUAUGUACCCUUCGUCUACAUCGUGGAUGCUGCAUGUCUUAAUGGAGUGGAACCAUCUCAAGCAUCCUUCUUGCUAUCAAUAAUCGGUAUUACGAACACAAUUGGUCGUAUCGCGUGCGGCGCAGUCGCUGACCUGCCGCGUGUAGACGCACUGCUCCUCAACAAUAUCUGCCUCGUCAUAGCCACGAUAUCAGUUGCGUUGACGCCAUUCUGUUCAUCAUACGGCUCUUAUGUAGCUGUAGCCAUCGCAUUCGGUAUCGCCAUCUCGGGUUACAUAUCUCUGACUUCAAUCAUCUUGGUGGAUCUUCUGGGGCUGGACAAGCUGACAAAUGCGUUUGGACUUCUCAUACUGUUCCGUGGCGCGGCCGCUAUAAUUGGAUCCCCGCUGGCGGGUGCCGUGUACGACGCUACACGGAACUACGACGCUUCAUUUUAUAUGGCUGCGGUCUUCUUCCUCGCAGCUACUCUCACUUCCUUUGCCGCUCCUAUAUUCAGAAAAAAACAAGAAGAAAUUCAACAACCAUUAGAUGUACUGACUCCAAUCGAUGAAGACCUUGAAGAAGGCGAGGAUGAGGAUCCGGACGAUACUCCUAUCACGAUGGGUGCGCACAUCGGCCGCGCUCCCGCCAUCACUCGCACUGCCGCCUCACCCUCUGACCCUCCCAGCCCCACCAGCCCCACCAGCCCCACCAGCCUCACCAGCCCCACCAGUCCCAACAACCCCGGCGAACACACGCAGCGCGAAAGUGUACUCUAAACCUUAAUCAUAAAGCUCAAAGUACCGUGCAGUGACUAACUAAAAAUCAAGUGAAAGUGUGGUUUGAUACCAAAGCAUUAAGAUCAAUAUAAUGUGCAUUGUAUAAUAAAAUUAACAACUAGAACGCGCAGCGUGAAAGUGUGCUCUAAUACAAACCGAUAAGAACCAAAUUAAAGUGCAGUGACUUAUAAAUAUUAUCAACGAGAACACGCAGCGUGAAAGUGUUCUCAAACCAUCAUAUAAGUACGAAAAAAACUUACAAUAACUAAUAAAAUAUAUCAAGAAUCAAACAAACAGCGAAAGUGUGCUAAAUCUAUCACAUAAAUAUCAAUAUACCGUGCAGUAAUUACUUAACAAUAUCAAGAAAAAACAAGAAGCGCGAAAGUGUGCUUUAAUACCAACAAAUAAAGACAGAAAUUGCGUGCAGUGACUAAUAAAAUAUAUCAAGAAGCAAACGAACCUCGAAAGUGUGCUAUAAAAGUCCAAACUGCAGUGAAUAGAUGCAAUCCAUGAUAGGAGUAAAAUACCGUCCUGAGUUUCAUAAACCACCAGAACUGCAAAAUAUAUUUGGAAUAAAACCAUAUUAAGUUUCUCAUAUGGUUAAAAAUAUUAAAAAAGGUUAACUUAACAAGAAGUUAAACUUA